GUGCGACAGGACUUAAAACAUCAUCAUGGGAAGGAUCGUGUUCUACGAGGAGAAGAACUUCCAGGGGCGCUCCUAUGAGUGCAUGAGCGACUGCUCUGACAUGUCCUCCUACCUCAGUCGCUGCAAUUCCAUCAGGGUGGAGAGCGGCUGUUUCAUGAUCUACGACCGCCCCAACUUCAUGGGCAACCAGUUCUUCAUGAGGAGGGGCGAGUAUCCCGACAACCAGAGGCUGAUGGGUAUGGGCAUGAUGAGUGACUUCAUCCGCUCCUGCCGAAUGAUUCCCCAACACAGAGGACAGUUCAGAAUGAGGAUCUACGAGAGGGAGAACUUCGGUGGUCAGAUGUCUGAGCUGAUGGAGGACUGUGACUCAAUCAUGGACCGUUUCCGCAUGUCUGACUGCCAGUCCUGCAAUGUUAUGGAUGGCCACUGGCUCAUGUAUGAGCAGCCCCACUUCAGAGGCAGAAUGAUGUACAUGAUGCCUGGAGAGCACAGAAGCUUCAGGGAGAUGGGAAUGAACAACAUGAGGUUCAUGAGCAUGAGGCGUAUCAUGGAUUCUUGUUAAACUGAAAAUCAAAUGUUUAUCUACCUGAGCCGUUUGUACAAAAUAAACUGUUCAAAAACGAA